AUGCGUCCCGCCUCCGGCCCGCCCACCUCCCUCAUCCUCACCUCUCAGACCAGCGCAGGAGGAGGAAGCUCCACCCUGAAGAAGAGACCCCCUCCCCCUCCUCCUGGACACAAGCGCACCCUGUCUGACCCCCCCAGCCCCGUCCUGCAGGGUAAAGGAAGUGGGUUGACCCCCCCACUUGGAAACAAGACAUCAACUGCCAGCAAGUUUGAGGGAAUCCAGCAGCAGCAGAGCUCGACCUCCAGUAACACCAAGUCCACGCUGGGACCCAGAGUUCUCCCCAAACUACCUCAGAAAGUGGCGUUGAGGAAGAUCGACACCAUCCACCUCCCCUCCGUGGACAAACCUCCCCCCUCCCCCCAGAAGUCUCCUCCCUUCAUCGACACCUCCCCUAAGCCACCCCUCACCCCGGUGGACUCCGCCCACAGAGCCUCAUUGGCGGAGAAGCCCCAUCUGUCCAACCUGCCCCCCAAACCCCUGCUCAAAGACCUGCCCCCCAAACCGCCGUUGGGCGACAGGCCUGGCCCCUCCCCUGUUGCCAUGGAUACGCAGGGUUCCAAGAUGGCAGAGAGCCAGCGGCCGUCACCUCGCAAAGACGCCGACGAAGCCGCAGAGACGCCCGUCCCUCUGCCGCGCAAAAUGACUUCCGUCAGGAACAAAACCCGGCGGGUGAAAACCAUCUACGACUGUCAGGCCGACAACGAGGACGAGCUGACGUUCGCUGAGGGGGAAGUCAUCGUGGUCACCGGGGAGGAGGACCAGGAGUGGUGGCUGGGACACAUCGAGGGUCGUCCGGAGAGGAGAGGCGUCUUCCCAGUGUCCUUCGUCCACACGCUCUCUGACUGA